UUUCUAAAAACUUGUUUUCGCUUUGUCAUUUAAACCAUUAUAUAAUAAGGCUGUAACGUAACAAAAUGUGUAAAAAGUCACGGAGUCUGAAUACUUUGAGAAUGCUCUGUAUAACCUCUUGUCAGUAGUCUGCUCUGGAUCUGCCCCAUGGACUGACAUCCUCUCCUGGUCACACGACCAUGGCAAUGUAAGAUUGAUACUUGUAACCACCAAUAUUAACAUUGACCUCAUCGAUUUGUUACAAAGUAACAAAAUCAUGAGAAAACAGGUUACAUUUGUCGAGGAAAUAAGAAAAGGAGAUCGCCUGAUAAAACGCGGUGGUAGCCGCGUUUUAGCAACAAGACUCUGAGCAUGUGUAUAAGGAACAAAACACCAGGGUGGAGAUGCACAGGACAGCACAUUUCAAGGUUCCUGACCACCAGCAGGUGAAAACCAUACACGUCCCCAAGUCCAUGAUGACUGCACCAUUUCUACAGCAUCCAACCCUCACAACUGGACAGAAACGAUAUCUCUACAGUAUUGCAAAUGUCUACAGCACCGAGCACAUGAGGCGACUGAUGAAGCAACGCUAUCUCAAUGUGCUGCACCAGUGUAUUAAAUCAGGUCAUAGCUCUUUGGAUGCAACCAAACAUACUACUGGAGGUCCACUGCUUAAAGAUCGGCUCACGUUCAAGAUGGACAAUGAGAGAGAUUCUGGAUCUAGGAUCAAGCCAUAUGGACAGAGGAAGGGCACCACAGUGCACUCUAAAGUUAUCCUCCCAAAGAUUACCAACAGUCACAGUGCAGAGUGAGAAGAUUGUAUUUUAAAUAAUUAUAAUGAAGUCAGUCAUACAUUCUAUUAUUCUGACAAUGUAUUGAAGUAUAGUAUAAUUUGUAUAAUUUCAAAACACAUUUUCCUUAUUGGUAACACAUUUAUUUGAGUCUCCCGUUAAACUGUUUAUACGAGUUUUUAAAUAGUUUAUAAACCAUUAUUACACACUGUACAUUUAUUGUCUGUUGAUUGUAUGAUUACACGUCAUUUUAAUAAUACAUGUUUUAAAACUUAAAGGUAGAGUCAGCGAUAUGAAGUAGAUGCACAAAUUAAACAGCAUAGUGUGCUAAAAAGUCGUUGAAUCGCGAGUCUGAACUUCACUGUUUUGGUCCGGUGGCUACCACCUUGUAAGAGCAUGAAGGGAACCUUUGCACAUGCGCAGAUGCUGUGUGUGAGAGCAGUCUUUCAUCUGGCUCAUUUGCUCAUCACAAUAUCUGCAAGUGCUGCUCGUGCAAUGUCAUUUUGCUGUCUCUACCUCUUAAUUUGCAGUUGAUAAUGUGGUGAGUAUUUGAAAAAUGUAAAAUAUAAUCCCCCCAAAAAGCAGGGGCAAAACUAAUAUACAGAAACAUCUGAAGAGAAAUAAAUGACAGCUGGGAAGCUUUCUGUAAUAGGCUUGUGAGAUUAUUAUGUAACAAUGUGUUUGCAGUGCAUUUACUACAGUGUGACUGCUUGACAAUAAAUUA